AUGCCUGCUCGCCAUGCAACCCCCUUUCUAAUGUCCACGCCUGCUCCACAGGAAAUCUAUAACAAGAAUGUGUACUUUACGGCAAUGAUUGCUUCCAUGGGAGCUUUCAUUUUCGGCUAUGAUUUGGCAUUUAUCGGAACGACCAUAACGCUGCCAGAUUUCAAAAAGGACUUUGGGCUUUUACAUGCCUCGCAAGAAACUUCGGAUUUCUUUUCAGCAAACAUUGUCUCUCUCCUACAGGCGGGAUGUUUCUUCGGAUCCGUGGCCGUACAACCUUUGGGUGAUCGAUUGGGGCGGAAGCCAACGAUCAUGGUCGCGGGGCUCUUAUUCUGUCUGGGAUCAUUGAUGCAGACGGUCAGUUUUGGAACCGUGGCGGCGAUGUUUGUGGGAAGGUUCAUUGGUGGUCUGGGUGUCGGACUCGCCAGUGGCAUGGUUCCCCUUUAUAUUGCCGAACUGGCUCCGCCUUCGAUCAGAGGCCGUUUGGUUGRCAUCUACGAGAUCAGCGUCCAGGCCGGAACUUGUGUCGGUUUCUGGAUCUGCUAUGGUGUGAAGCAGAACAUGGCCCCGACUUCUGCACAGUGGAUCACACCAUUCGCCGUACAAUUACUUCCUGGUACACUUCUCGUCAUCGGCAUGUUCUUUGUUCCAGAGUCUCCCAGAUGGCUCGCUCAGCACCGCUCGCGCGACGCUGCUUGUACCGCACUUAUCAGAAUGCGCCAGAUUCCCGCCGAUCAUCUGUAUCUCGUGGAAGAGCUAUCUCAGAUCAUGGACGUCGCAGAUGAAGAGAAUCGAUUCCAUCUUGAAGGUGGCGCCAUGGCAAAGUGGCGGGCCUGUCUCAAACCUGGCAAUCGCAAGCGGAUCCUGCUCGGUGUACUCGUCUUCACAUUCAUGCAGUUUGCCGGCUCCAACGCGAUCAACUACUACAGUCCUCGAAUCUUCGCCUCAAUAGGUCUCAAAGGCUCCUCGACAAGUCUUUACGCGACGGGAAUAUACGGUGUCGUCCGCCUAUGCUGCGUGAUUCCCACCAUGUACUUCUUCGUCGACAAGUUUGGCCGUCGAAGUCUGCUGAUUGUCGGAGCCGCCAUCAUGCUGGUCGGAAUGUGGUUCAUCGGCGCAUACAUCAAAAUUGCAGCACCAAAUGCUGCCAACGCCGAGCUCACUCCGGGUGGAUACGCGGCCGUUACCAUGAUCUAUAUCUACGCCAUUGGGUACUGCCUCUCAUAUGCGGGGAUCCCUUGGAUCUACUGCGCAGAGAUCUUUCCUCUUCAGAUUCGUGGAAUCGGGAUGGCGACAUGUACUGCGGUGCAUUGGCUACUGAACUUUGUGAUAGCGAGGAGUGUGCCGUACAUGAUUACCAACAUCGGGUACGGGACGUACUUCUUCUUUGCAUCAUGCAUCACACUGAGCAUCCCAUUCGUGUAUUUUUGCUUGCCGGAGACAAAGGGCCUGUCCUUGGAGGAGGUCGACGUACUGUUUGAGGGCCCAGGAGGAGUGCAAUCCGAGAUCCUUGUGGAGACUGGCAAGCUGCCGGAGACGGAUCAUGUCGAGCACUCACACAUCGAGCCGAAGCGUGAUGUGUGA